AUGGCUUCCGAGAAUAAAAUCAGUAAUAUUGACAAAGACUUUAUAUUAGGAGACUUCAAAAAACUGUGCGCCGAGCAGCUGAGUCGAGUUACCAAGCCCACAGACAUUGAAGAUGCACUGUUUAAUCUUCUCAAGAAUGGAGAUAUGGUCAGCAUUCAGAAAUUCUGGGCUGCGCUAGAAAUGACUGGAUUGAGGGAGACUGACCCCAGGCUAAAAGAAACAAAGGCUAAUUUAGAUGAUGUACGGGAGCAACAUCUCUACGACACAGAUGAGAGCAAUGAUGAAAAAGUUGAUAGAGAAACAUUUAAAAAGUGUACUCAUGACAAUAUUGUGUUGAUUGGUAUGGCUUUCAAGAAUGAAAUGAUCAUCCCGGAGUUCUGGGAUUUUACGGGUCACAUAGACACGCUAUACUACUCGUGUCAGAAAAACACCCAAGGAACUCCAGCACAGUACAUUCCACAGCUGGCUAGAGUGGAUCCAAAUCUAUGGGGAGUCUCAGUGUGCACAGUGGAUGGACAGAGACAUUCAAUCGGUGAUACAACGAAACCAUUCAGUAUCCAGUCUUGCAGUAAACCUCUCACAUACGCACUUGCUAUGAGUGAGAUAGGAGUAGACGAAACUCACAAAUAUGUCGGCCAGGAGCCAAGCGGCCGUAGCUUCAAUGAAUUGACAUUAGAUAGUCGCAAUAAACCACACAAUCCUCUUAUAAAUGCAGGCGCUAUAAUUACAGCUGGACUAUUAAAAAGAAAACAUCCGAUAUCAGAAAGAUUCGAAUAUGCUCAGGAAAGUUUCAAACGUUUAGCAGGUGGUGAAAAUAUUGGUUUUAGCAACUCAACUUAUUUAUCAGAAAGAGCAACGGCAGACAGGAACUUUGCUCUGGGAUAUUACAUGCAAGAACAUAAAUGUUUUCCUGAAGGCGAAGACAUGGUAGAAACCCUUGAGUUUUACUUCAUGCUGUGUUCAAUCGAGAUAACAGCGGAGUCUGGAGCUGUUAUAGCGGCCACUUUAGCCAACGGGGGGAUUUGUCCCAUUACAGGAGAAAAAGUCCUCUCAGGAGACGCUGUCAGGAACACACUUUCGCUUAUGUAUUCAUGUGGAAUGUAUGACUAUUCUGGUCAAUUUGCCUUCCACGUCGGCUUACCAGCAAAAUCGGGAGUAGCUGGGGCAGUCCUAUUGGUUAUUCCUAACCUAAUGGGCAUUUGUACCUGGUCUCCUCCCCUGGACAAGCACGGCAACAGCAACAGAGGGAUCCAGUUUUGUGAGGAACUGAUUGACAAGUUUAGCUUCCAUAACUAUGACAACCUGAAGCACACUACCAAGAAGAUGGACCCCCGAGUGAGGAAAGGAGAUGUCUCGGCCAAUUCCAUUGUUGCCUUGCUUUUUGCUGCCUCAAAUGGAGACCUAUCUGCCGUGAGGAGAUUUGCACUUUCUGGAAUGGACCUUACUGAAGGAGACUAUGAUGGUCGUACGGCGUUGCAUCUUGCGGCAGCAGAGGGGAGGCUAAAUGUUGUCCAGUUUCUUCUAGAAAAAUGUAAAGUCCCAGUUGACCCAAAAGACAGAUGGGACUUUACGCCGAUGGAUGACGCCAAGCGCUUUGGACAUAAAGAAAUUACGAAUUACCUCAGGCAAUUUAUCGCAGGGGACAUCGGCAUAGGGUCUCUGUCACUGGCAGAAUCGGGGAUAGAAGCCGAUGAUGAAUCGAAUUCUAUAGAGUAA